AUGAUACACAGUGCCAGUUUAUCCGACCCAACUGUGGCAGCCUAUCCGCACUUCAGUCCGUGCGGACCGGGCGGCGCCGGACCGGCAGCCCCACCUGCCUCGCAUUAUUCCACCUGUGGUCCCCCUACAGUAGUCGAUCACCAUCCGAAUGCACUACUAACCAAUGGCCAUGGACGAUCGCAACCGCAUAACGGAACCGCUACCAAUGGCCUGUCUCCGGCCACAUCCGCAGCUGUGGCUGCUCUGACCGCUGCCGCAGCAGCCUCAGCUGGGAUCCCGCCGAAUGUAAAAGAUUCCCGAUGGCUUACCCUCGAGGUGUGUCGUCAGUACCAACGGAAUCAGUGCUCUCGGGACGAGAAUGAGUGCAAGUUUGCACAUCCGCCCACGCAUGUAGAUGUGCAAAACGGUCGGGUGAUAUGUUGUUACGACUCAAUCAAAGUGAGUGUGUUGUUCGAUAAAUGA